GCGUUACUUGUUUAAUACUGACUACACCGAUUUCUUCAACAUUUAAGCGGUCUAUUUUAACGUUUCUUUUUUUAAUAAGAUUUACUAAAAACGAUAAGACGCAUUAGGAAAUGGGUUGUUUCUUUUUUAAUUGCAUGAUCUUUAUUGCUCGGCAUUUAUUGAUCGGCUUACUUCUUCGCUUCAUCAUCUGUAAUAAUUUAUCCACAAAUUAUACACUAAUGCGAUGCGAAUAAGGAUGUAUUAAAAAUAUAAAAAAAAAUAUGUAAGAAGAUUUGUCUUAUUUUUGAUAGGUAUUUUUUAUCUGUGAUUAUUAUAAGUCAUUUACGUACACUAAAAAUAUUACACAUUUUAUAAUUUAAUUUCAAUUGGAUCAUAUCAUAUAAUAAAAUGGCCGAAAGCGAUAUGAAGUCAUUAAUGACCUUUUCGUCCAAGUCAGAGGCUAGUACAGCACUCGCGUCACGGUCACGAUGGAGGAACGCCCCGUUGCAUGAACGAUGUACUAUGGUGGACAUGAUUAAAAUCAAAGAAGCUUUUCAGACAGCCUACAGAAACGUACUGUUGCCAACUGAGUUCCGAAAUGUUUUAAGCACUUUACUCAAUGUGGAUUAUGAUGACGAGGAAUUUCAAAUCCUUUUCAUGAAGAUCAAUACAAACCGAAACGGCGAGAUCGGCUGGGAUGAGCUUGUUUCGCAUCUUCUGUUGGGUUACUUUGCCAAUGACCCAGAGAACCAGAGAGAGUCACUGCAACCGCCGAUCAUGGGCCUUCCCACCGUAAUGCGCUCUCAGCAUCGGCAUCCCAUAUCCAGGAUAUGCUUUUGUCCUGAUGUGUCGAAGGAUCGUAGUACAGACCCUAUGCAAGGUACAUACAUAACAGCAAGUCGCGAUGGCAUGAUCAACUGGUGGUCACUGGAUAUGUCGUUGCUGAGAACUGCCUUUUCGUCCAGCCCUCACCUGAAGGUCAGCACGACCUGGGUCACGGAUAUGGUGUGCAUGCCCGACGUGAACAUUGUCGUAACAAGUUCCACAGAGCGCGACCUACGUUUCUAUGACUGUACUGCUAAGACAUUCACCCUCAAGAUAAUCAUUACUAGUUGGGAAUACAUGAUCUGCACGAUGUACUACCAAUAUCACAAAGAUGCGAAUGAGAAGUGCAUCCUCAUUUGCGGCGACGUGGGAGGCAACGUGCGAAUACUGCUGUUCUCGCCUGUGAAGCGCGGCCCCUUCCGCAACCAGGCCGGCCGUGCGCUGAUCCAGUUGCGACACGUCGACCUGCAGCGGAAGCCCCAAGUGCUGCCGGAGAUGCGGCUGGUGGAGCUGCAGCGCGUGCACUCGGAGUGGGUGCGGCAAGUGUCGUUUUACGCGUCGCUGCAUUGCGUCGUCUCGUGCGCCACAUGCGCGGACUCGCUGCUCAUGUGUGACCUCGCCGGCUCCAAGACGCAUAACAUGUUUCGAGUUGACAAGGGCAUUCAGUGCUUCGCGUUCGACGAGGAAGCGCAUGUGCUGGUGACUGGCGGACCGGACUGCGCGGUGCGCGUGUGGAAUCCGUUCGUGCCGACGCGGCCCGGUGCCGUGCUGACGGGUCACCGCGCCGCCAUCACAGCCCUCGUGCUACAGAAUUCCGGCCAGACCAUCUACUCGCUCUCGCGCGACCGCGUCAUCAAAGUCUGGGACGUGCAGGGACAGGUCUGCGUGCAGACAUACAUAGACAUCCCCUCGCAAAUCGGCGAGCGGACUCCGAUAUCGGCCGUGUACAACAAAGCAACUCGAGAGCUGAUCCUCGCAGCCAUGAAGAUAGCAGUGCUUGUCUUGGAUGAGCAGCUCAACCCUCAACACACCGAUGGUUUCACGCACUCGCGUGCUGUAGCCAAGAUACUAUACAAUCCCUUAUUCAAAGUCGUUAUCACUUGUGGCAUGGACAGCAUUAUUAUCAAUUGGGAUCCGGUUACAGGUAAACGCAAUGCGAUGGUCCGCGACGCCCACACGCGACUGUUGCACGGUGAGCUGAUCCCGGUCGAGAUCACGGCGGCUUGCUUUGAUCCUGGCUGGCAGCUACUGGUUACUGGCGCACGCAAUGGCACUCUUAAAGUAUGGAACUUCAAUACUGGCUUGUGUCUAAGGAAUAUGGCAAUCGAACACAUGUGUGAAGUUACGAAUUGUUUUUGGGUAGAGGGGAGGAUCCUGGCCGUGGGGUGGAACCGUCAUGUGACGGAGUUUGAAGACACCGGCACGGCAAGUAGCGGUAAAAGCUGGGAGACGAGGCACAGUGACGACGUGCUGGCGGCGGCUGCACGCUCGCCGCUCUCGCUUGCCACUGCCUCCUACAACUCAGAGCUGCUGCUCUGGAAACUAGAGACGGGUCAACCCUACAGACGGUUUUCGUGUACAGAUCCAAUGCUACGCAUCAAAAUGCACUACAAGAAGCGAGACGUAUCGCGUACCACUUCACCGACAGCCACUACCACCCGCCGCGCCUCCACGCCUCUUCUUAGCACGAGCGCGCGGCUGUCGACGCCGACGGUGGGCGCGGCGGUACACAAGGCGCGGGCGCGGCGCGUGUCGCUGGGCGCGGCGCUGCCGGCGCGCGCGCAGGCCAUGCGCCAGCUGGCCGUGCACGCCAUGAUCUUCCUCGAGACACGCCCCUGCACCAUGCACGACGCGGCCCUGAUGGUUGCGCUGGAGAACGGCCAGGUGCAGGGAUGGUCAGAUCACCCAGCGGGCGGGUUCCAGGGCUCGUUCCAGGGAGUCCACACUGUGGGCGAUUAUGUAUCUGCCUUCGCUACAGACAGCGCUAAUCGAUUCCUGUUUACUGGCACCACAGUGGGAUACAUCAAAGUGUGGCUGAUGACAAACUAUCUCAUGCAAGAACAAGUUCACGUGAAUAUGCCAGAGCUGCGAGUGCAGUUUCCGUUCCUGUGGCGGGACCGCAUCGAGGGUCGCGCGAAGCGAGCCGUACGCGACCAGCCGCUACCGCUGCUGCUCAGCAGCUACCGCGCCCACCUGCGUUCCAUCACCACCAUGGCCUAUAUAGAGCAUAUGAAACUGGUUCUUAGUGGAAGUUCAGACUACAGUGUACGUGUGUGGCGGCUGUCUGGAGAGUACUUGCAAACAUUGGGAAGCUUUGUGCCCUGGACAUUAGAUACCACCAGAUUCCCGCCCGAUGUCAAAAAAGUUGCCAGCUUCACCACUUUCAAGGUGUGGCGAUCGGGCUGGGUGUCGCGGUAUGUGCCAGGGCAGGUGGAAGUGGACCACCUGCGCGACAUCACCGAGCAGGAGCUACGUACCAAGACGUAUGGCACGACGCCGCCCGAGCCACUGCUCGGCCGCUACUUCGAGCUGCCCGCGCGGCCCGACCGCCACGACCCCAUACAGCUCGAUGACUCGCUACACACUAUCCCGCUGUACGCACACCUGCGUAUGGCGUCUACGCAGCCGGUGCGGCGGCCGCCCACGCCGGAACUGGUGCGGCAAACGCGGCUGCGGAACAUGCGCGCCAAGAAGACGCACUUCGAGCCGUCCGCCGUCGCCUCCGCUCCCACGCCCGCGCCUGCGCCCUCUCGCGCUCGUGCCAACGAGUAGCGAGCAACCAGGAGUAUCGUGAUUAUUCAACGAUUACUGUUGUGAAGUUUUAUAGAAGAUAUUUAAUCUAGUUUUGAUAAAGUUAAUAUUAUUGUAAUUUAAAUAAUCGUGUUAUUUACAAUGAUGUUUGUUAAAUAAAGUUGUUAAAAU